CCUUAAUUCUUGAAGUCGUGUACUAACUGACGUUUAUCAUUAGGACUGGUCUACUGACUGGGAUUUUCAUCCUACAUACAUGGAUCCUUCUGGAAUAUCACCUGAGUACGAGCUCACAGUCCGCAACCACAUUCGCCAGACCUUCCUUCCUUACGUUAGGAAGCACAUUACCAGAGACCAUGUCGCAUAUACCGAGUUUAAGCUCGAGCAGAUCUUCACAGAAUCCUUAGAUUUUGUCCCAUUAGCGGACCCGCACGCGCUCGUGCUACCCCCAGAUCCACUCGACACUCUUGCUGGGUCUCUGAAAAAUCUCGACCUCUCCUUUGAUGAGCGCUUGACGACAGACGGAGAUACUGUACGCAGGCUCAAAUCAUUACUAAAGACUAUUGUGGGUGAAGGCAGGGAACUCCGUAGCGAGGCAUGCUGGCGAGAGGAGGAUCACAUGUAUACACGCAUUGCAGAGAUAUACAGACCUAUGACGCCCAUCCUUACCAACCGUGCGCGAAAGCAGACCCCGAAAGCAGGUACCAACGCUCUCCGCGCAUCUCUCCCUCGCACAUGGCCUGCGCAAUUAGACCACACCGGUGUCAAGUCUGUGGUGGUUCCACCAAUCGAGGAUUCGGAUGUACCUAACCUGGAAGAGGUUUUGGAUGUUCGCCCCACCAUCGAAUCCACUACUCGCACUUACAUCCUCUCACUAUUUAAAUCGGCAAAUCCACCUGCACAAUCAACUGAGACCAAUGGCCAUAUCACUUCUUUCCUGCGCGUCGAUUCCCCACCGCUUCAGAUUCAACGUCCACUUUCUCCCCCUCUCUUCCCCCGAUCCAAAGCAAGUCCGGAUUCGUUAUGGACAAGUAUUGCGAAUGCAAAGGACAUCGUGGAUAGGCUGAAGGCUGUCCGUGCUCCCGUUCUGGAGGAGCUAGAGGAUGACGUAGACAACGUCAACAUGUCGAUUGUUGAUGGAUGGAAUGUCCUUCCCAUCUCUUCUCCGCCUUCUGCUUCGCCACUCUCCUCACAAGACACAGAAAUCGACGAACUAUGGGAGGCCUCACCGACACCGCCUGGCACACCUGCUACAAGCCUUUUCAGCGCUAGAAUGGACGAAGUAGAGAUCCCGCGUAUUCACAAACCCGGACACAUACUUCCGCACUCACUCAAACCAAGGGAUUCUAAAAAGUGCGUGCUGCAGUCCAUAUACGAACGCUCACCCACCCGCUUUUUUCAGUCUCAAGUCACUUAUCGAGCACCUGAAGCCUGUGGCUACUGCGAAGUUAAAAGAAGGCAAUACUACAACGUCGACGAAUCAGAAUACUGAUAUUGCGCUAUUUAUUUCUUCCCCAAACGCAGAGGAUGGGAGGAUCCUUGAUGCAGAGGACUCUAUGCUCGGGCAGCCACCUUCUAUUUGUGCUGCUUCACCCCUGCCUACGCAUGCGGGAAGAGACAGAGGAAAGAAGUCAUACCAAGAUCAAGACUUGGAAGACAUUGAUGUGGAACAGGAUCUCGAUAUGGCUCUCAGGCAUAUGUACCGAGAGGUGCAGGAGGAGAACAUCGAAGGGUGUGUACUGGAGGAGAGGUUGGAUGAAAAGGAUGUUGCAUUGAUGGAUGGUGCGUCCGUC